AUGGUGGAUGUUGAUGUUUGUGCGGGUGGAGAUAGUACCAGAAGAAAAAUGGAUGCCCUGACAGAUAGUGCAGUUGAGAUUGUCCCUUUGGAGCUCUACGAUUCAGCCAGAGCAAAAAUAGCUGCUAAUCUACAAUGGAUCUGUGCUAAAGCCUACGGAAUAGAUAAUGUCCCAGAGGAGCUGAAGGACCCAUUUUACAUAGAUCAAUAUGAGCAAGAACAUAUUAAACCACCCGUCAUCAAGCUGCUGCUGUCCAGCGAGCUGUACUGCCGUGUCUGUAGCCUCAUUCUAAAGGGGGAUCAGGUGGCUGCUCUGCAGGGACACCAGUCCGUGAUCCAGGCUCUGUCUCGAAAAGGGAUUUACGUCAUGGAGAGUGAUGAUACACCUGUGUCUGAAUCUGAUCUGGGCUGUGCACCAAUCAAAAUGAGUUCUCAUAUGGCAAUGAUUGAUGCUCUUAUGAUGGCCUAUACUGUAGAAAUGAUCAGCAUUGAAAAGGUGGUUGCUAGUGUCAAGCGUUUCUCUACAUUCAGUGCCUCAAAAGAACUACCCUAUGAUUUGGAGGAUGCAAUGGUUUUCUGGAUUAACAAGGUGAACCUUAAAAUGAGAGAGAUAACAGAGAAAGAGAUUAAAUUAAAACAGCAACUAAUGGAAAGCCCAGGGCACCAAAAGGUGCGUUACCGAAGAGACCAUCUUUCAAGCAGACAAUUACCUUACUUUCCUUUGCUUGAAGAUUUGAUGAAGGAUGGUAGCGAUGGUGCUGCUCUUCUAGCUGUGAUACACUAUUAUUGUCCAGAGCAAAUGAAACUAGACGAUAUUUGUUUGAAGGAAGUAACAUCAAUUGCAGACAGCCUCUAUAAUAUUCAACUUUUGAGAGAGUUCUCAAAUGAAUAUCUAAACAAAUGCUUUUACCUCACAUUGGAGGACAUGUUAUAUGCUCCUUUGGUUUUAAAGCCUAACGUCAUGGUAUUCAUUGCGGAACUUUUCUGGUGGUUUGAGAAUGUUAAACCAGACUUUGUACAACCAAGAGAUAUUCAGGAAAUAAAAGAUGUUAAAACAGUGUUGCAGCAGAAGAGCAGUCGUCCGCCUGUUCCUAUUUCCAACGCUACUAAGCGAAGUUUCAUGGCUAGCCCUGCUAGUACAAGUCCAGCAGACUUGCAGCCCUUGGCUCAGACGGGCCCUGAAGCUUGCAGUCGAUACUACCUGCACCCUGAGGAGCCUGACUAUCUUGGCAAAGGAGGAAGCCCUGCUUUUAGCCCUUCCCAUCCACUGCUCCCUUUGAGACAAAAGCAACAAAAAUCUUUACAGGGAGAAGACAGCCCUGGUCAUCGGCAUCGUUCUAAUUCUCUGACCCGUGUUGACGGGCAGCCGCGAGGUUCAGUUCUUGCGUGGCCAGAGAGGAAACCCAGGCCUCUGUCUCAGCCAACACCAUUUGCUCUUCAUCAUUCUGCCAGUAGUGAUGUGGACCCUGGGUCUGGUGAUAGCAUUAGUCUGGCUAGAUCAAUCAGCAAGGACAGUCUUGCUUCAAACAUUGUUAAUGUAACUCCAAAAAAUCAGCCCCAUCCUCCAUCAGUGAAAACUAAUGGGAAGAGCUUGCUGAACAACGUUGAAAUUGAGGAUGAAGAUGAAGAGCUUAUUGCGAUAAUCAGAUCCGAAGAAAGGCCAAAUCACGGUGAUCUUGAAUUGCAGAAUGCAUCGGCCAGGGUGCCCAGCAUAGUUGCAACUGCGUGGUCUCCAAAAACAAAUAGCGAGACUUCAGAAAGCAAACCAGACAGUUUUUACUUGGAGCCCUUACUGCCUGCAGUUCUAAAACCAGCAAAGGAAAAACAGAUAAUCAAUAAAGAGGAUGAAUGUGGGGAGGGGAAACAAAGGAGUUUUAUAACAAAGAGAUUAAAUGAGGGACACUUGCCUUUGAUCCGCAAGAAAACAAAUAGCAGUCAUGGUGAGCAUGACCUCAAUAGGACUUUUACUCCGAUUUCUAGUUCUGAUUUCACUCCAGUUGCAGAUCCUAGUGCUGCAGAUUCGGUGGCACUGGUGGAGGCAGGGUUAGAAGCUUCCAGACCUUUGGCUAGUAGCAGUUUAGAUCCUUCCCCUCAGGAGCUAUCCACUGGAGGAUUUUUUCUUCAUGCUGCUAAAUAUGAUGAUGACAUAGCAAGUAAAGUCAAUGUAAGUUAUGUGAAAAGUCUCAAUUCGCAUGUUCCAGAUACUACGUGGACUAUGGUGAGACAGGAUUCUGAUUCAGAUCUCUUAGAUAUAGAAGAUGCUGAACAGGAUUUGGUAGUCAUAGAUGACCAUCCUAUAGUCACUAAAUACAUUGGCGAGGAAGAAUCUGCAAAAUUGCAAGAGGAUAUGAAGGUAAAAGAACAUGAAGAUAAGGAUGAUGCUAGUGGACGUUCCAGCCCGUGUUUGAGUACAAUUUCUCAAGUUAGCAGUGUGUCAAUGACUAGUGGGAGUGUCCGAAUGACCAAUUUCGCAGAACGAAAGCUUCAGAGACUUAAUAGCUAUGAAACAAAGUCCAGCACAAGUAGUUCACAAAAGACCACACCAGAUGGAUCAGAAAGCUGCCCAGCACCACUGACCACAUGGAAACAAAAGCGAGAGCAAAGCCCCAACAGCCAAAAUAAAGAUAACGUUAAUCUUUUAGCUUCUGAAUUGGUGCAGCUUCAUAUGCAGUUAGAGGAGAAACGAAGAGCAAUAGAAGCUCAGAAGAAGAAGAUGGAAGCCUUAUCAGCAAGGCAGCGACUAAAAUUGGGUAAGGCUGCUUUCUUGCAUGUUGUUAAAAAAGGGAAAUCUCCUGAUGUUCCGCAACCACUUAAACCAGAACAUUUUACAAAAGAAUAUUCUCGGCACAAUGGUGAAGAGUUAGAUGAAGUUUCUUUGGGUUCCAAAUCUGAGGGGUUUCUUCUGAAAGAGGAGGAGAGAGAAGAAAUGCUUAAUGAUUCUCAAGAAGUAACAAAAGUAAAAAUGCAAGAAAGCCUAGCUUUUGCUGAGCAACAUAAACCGAAAGACUCUGCUGCUAUACAUGAUUUGGAAAAAAGUAAAAUUAUUUCUGUUGCCCUCCUAGAAGACAAUGUUACUGAAGUAGAUAUAAAUGAAUGUGAUCUUUCUAUUGAAAAACUAAAUGAAACAAUCAGCACGCUUCAGCAGGCUAUAUUAAAGAUUUCUCAGCAACAGGAACUACUUAUGAAGUCUCCAACAGUGCCAUCACCAGGAACCAGAAGUAACUCUCAGGACCAAAAGGUAAAACCAUCAAUUCAUUUUGUUGAGCCCCUAUCUCCAACUGGAAUGAACAGUCUUCGUAAACCACCUCGAUUUGGUCAAGGAAGGAGUCCUCGAUCGGGAAGACCUGCUGAUCUGAAAGUCACUAAAGACAGACAACAAAAUUCAACGCGCGUCAAAACCCCAACACCAAGUCUAGAAACUUUACCACAUUUAAGACCAUUUCCAUCCAGUAGCUUGUCAAAGACACCAACAGAAAUCGGCUUGGAAAAUAGUCCUGAUCAUGGAAGUGGUUCUCAAGAAAAGUGUUUCUUUGACACCUAUAGACUUCAUGAUGAGAGUAACCAACGGGCACUUGUUCUCUCCACCUCCAAAGAUGCAAAUAUUAUUUCUGAAAUGAGCAAAGAGGUGAAUAACAGCUUCAAGGAAACAGGGUUGAAUUCUUCUGAUGGCUCAGGAAAAGAAAAUGUCCCAGUGGAUGAGCCACUGCGAAGCAAGGCUAAUCUCAUUGAAGUAGACUUGUCUGACUUAAAAGCUCCAGAUGAAGGAGAACUUGAAAACCAGGACAGCUCUACAGAUAUAAUUAGCGAAGGUGAUCAGAAGUCCGGUGUGGGUUUCUUCUUCAAGGAUGAACAGAAAGCAGAAGAUGAGCUUGCAAAAAAACGUGCAGCAUUCCUUUUAAAACAGCAGCGCAAAGCAGAGGAGGCUCGGAUUCGGAAACAGCAGUUGGAGGCUGAAGUUGAACAAAAAAGAGACGAAGCGCGUCGCAAAGCUGAGGAAGACCGAAUACGGAAGGAAGAGGAGAAGGCUCGAAGAGAGCUCAUCAAGCAAGAAUAUUUAAGGAAAAAACAGCAGCAAAUUUUGGAGGAGCAAGGGCUUGGAAAGCCCAAAUCAAAGCCCAAAAAACCCAGGCCAAAGUCGGUCCAUCGUGAAGAAUCUUACAGUGAUUCAGGGACAAAGUGUUCUUCCACACCUGAUAAUUUGAGCAGUGCUCAGUCUGGUUCCAGUCUGUCUUUGGCCUCAGCAGCAACAACUGAACCUGAAAGUGUACACUCUGGUGGCACGCCAUCCCAGAGAGUUGAAUCUAUGGAGUCUUUACCAAUACUGAGCAGAAAUGCUAGCAGAAACACAGAAAGAGAUUGGGAGAAUGCUUCAACAGCAUCUUCUAUUGCUUCAGUGGCAGAAUACACAGGUCCAAAAUUAUUUAAGGAACCCAGCAGCAAGUCAAACAAACAUAUUAUUCACAAUGCUAUAUCUCAUUGCUGUCUUGCUGGAAAAGUGAAUGAACCACAUAAGAAUUCAAUAUUAGAGGAACUAGAAAAAUGUGAUGCCAACCACUACAUCAUUUUGUUCCGUGAUGCUGGCUGCCAGUUUAGAGCACUUUAUUGCUACUAUCCUGACACUGAAGAAAUCUACAAGCUGACUGGAACAGGGCCAAAGAGCAUCACCAAGAAAAUGAUUGACAAACUUUAUAAGUACAGUUCGGACAGAAAACAGUUUAACGUGAUUCCAGCCAAAACCAUGUCUGUCAGUGUGGAUGCUCUUACUAUUCAUAACCACUUGUGGCAAGCCAAGCGACCUGCAGUGCCAAAGAAGAGUCAGACUCGUAAAUGACACUGAGUUCUUGGGGAGAAGAUUGCUGAAUGGGAUUGCAUUGAAAGAAGACAUGUUUACCAUUUUCCUCCAGUUUGAUAUGAGAUGUGCGGAACCAUAAACACUUUUUAAGAAGCUUCUAAACAGAAACCGUGGAUACAAGUUAUUAAGGAUGAAGGAACAUUGCCAGUGUUUUUUGUGAAUGAUAAAUCUGCUGUUACACCCAAUGCUAACUACUGUG